AUGAAGUGUUUUGACUUGACACUAGCCGCAUAUUUAUGCUCUCUUGCACUUGCAAAUGUCUCCAAAUACUCCGUUACAGGGGCACCUACGAAGUUGGAAGGGCCUGCACCCAGACUUCAGUUCUUCACAUUGGACAUUACAACGAACGCAGACACCUUGGAAUGCAGAAAGGAGAACAAUGAGAAUCUUUCCUUUGAUCUUUUUCUCUUGCGUGAGAACAAAGUUGCGUCAAAGCUGGUGGAUAAAGAUCUCGACAUUUGGAAGGCCUCAAACGAAAAUGAACACUGUCUGGAUGUAAAUGUGCAUUUGGACGACAAUGAUGAGACUGUGCUUGUUGCAGCCAUCAUUUCAAGCGGUGGUGCGUACAAGAUGCUCUACUUUUCCAAGGAUAAUGGAACAUGGUCCACAGUUCCGAAAAGUGUAUUUACGAAAAAGUUGAUGGCCAUCAAUGAUCUGAGCUCCAUCAACAACACAACUCUCGAUCUAUCUGGCGAUUUGUCCCUAUUUGAUGUAGAAGAGGAUUACGCAGACGGCAUUACAGAGAGGCGGAUACACCCUUCAAACGAGAUGAACAUCACAAGGGUCACCUUUGGAAAUAUUGAGAUUCUCAAAGAGAGCGAAGGCAUGGAGUGCGUCGAAACUUUGCACUACUCCAAAGACCAGAAUGAAGACUUUGUGGUCUUGUUAGCUGUGGACGCUAACGAUGCGUGCCACGAACUUUUUUUCAAGCUGGAAAACGGUCAAGUGGAGUCCCUAGAAAAGAAAGACAUUCUUAAACCGCUUGGUUUCUUGGUAUAA